AUGCAGACUGCUUCUACAAACAUUUGUGAAAGACUGUGCAAUAAGUCCAUCCAUGAAAUUUCCUUGCUACUAAAUAUUCCAACUGUUAGUGGUAUUAUAACAAAGUGGAAGCAACUGGAACAGCAGCAACUCAGCCACGAAGUGGUAGGCCACGUAAGAUGACAGAGCGGGGUCAGCGCAUGCUGAAGCGCACAGUGCGCAGAAGUCGCCAACUGUCUGCAGAGUCAAUAGCUAAAGACCUCCAAACUUUGUGUGGCCUUCAGAUUAUCACAACAACAGUGCAUAGAGAGCUUUAUGGAAUGGGUUUCUGUGGCUGAGCAGCUGCAUCCAAGCCUUACAUCACCAAGUGCAAUGCAAAACAUUGGAUGCAGUGGUGUAAAGCACACCGCCACUGGACUCUAG